UCAACAAGAACAGUAACAAUGGAGGCGAGCAUGAAACCCGUGGGUGUGUGACAGCAUGUCAAAGACACUUUCAGCGAAAACACCCAAAUAUCAUGAUGCACUCUUUCUGAGCUGAAUAUUCGCCGUCAAACGUGCGGGAUCGACCCAAAAUGGCUUCAUGGUCCGAAAAAAUGAUGCAGCUGCUGCGUCGAAUGAAUAAUUUCCAUUUACCAGGUUCCAGUUUAGAAAGCUGUCUACGUUUCGAGGUGGCCGGUGAACAGGUGGGAUGGAUUCCCCCCAAAAUUGCAUCAGUUCUUGGUCGUUUUCCUACUGUCUUUAGACCGUAUGGAAGUGCCAUAACCCUGUGCUCCAGUCUGGACACAUUUGAGAGCAGAUCGGUUGCUGUGGAUGAUGUUCUGCAGGAGUUGAGGAGGGAGGCAACCUUCAGAUGUCUCAUAGGCUGGAGAAACGAGCAAUACGCAGUGAUGCCUAGGUAUUGCGACCCUCCAUUCAUGUAUAUGGAGAGAGCAGCAACAAGUUUGUUUGGAGUCAAGCGGUACGGAGUCCAUAUCAACGGCUACACCAGGGAUUCGAGUGGCAACCUUAAUAUGUGGCUGGCACGCCGAUCUCUGACCAAACAGACCUAUCCCGGAAGACUGGACAACAUGGCAGCUGGUGGACUGGCAGCAGGCUGCAGUGUCAGGCAUACCAUGGUAAAAGAGUGUGAAGAAGAGGCGUGCAUCCCCCCAGGCCUGGCACACCAAGCACGUCCUGUGGGAACGGUGAGCUACACCUACGAAGAUGACGAAGGAGUUUUUCCUGAGUGUCAGUUUGUGUUUGACUUGGAGCUGCCUCUUAAUUUUCAGCCUCAGAUUGGAGAUGGAGAAGUACAAGCGUUCUACUACUACCCCAUUGAGAAGGUAAAAGAUCUCCUGGUCAGUGAGGAAUUUAAGCCAAACUGUGCCAUGGUCGUAUUGGAUUUCCUCAUCAGACAUGCCAUCAUAGAGCCAGACUCAGAGCCAUAUUAUCAUGAAUUUGUUGCUGGAUUGCACAGAUCAUUAUAAAGACUGAUUGAAAGUUUGACAUCCUGGACAACCUUCAGCACUUUGGUGUUUUUGUGACCUACCUCCUCUUGUAACUCUUAAUUGUCUCAGCAUGUCUACUUGUUUUUACCGGAGGCCACAUCUUCAAUGGCUGGUAAUGAGACAGUAAGGUAUCUAAUCAACUUAAGGACAGACUAUAAUGAAAACCCAUGCAAAUUUACUCUAUAAGAAUUUAUUUUUUCAAUACAUUUCAAAUGAGUCUGUGGAAAUCUGUAGGAUGCACUGGUAUACAAAAGAUAAUUGAUGCAUCGAAGACUCUUGUUUUUUCUUACAAUGAAAUGCAGAAUCUCUUCUAUGAAAUUACUUGCAUUCAUUAAAAUGGCAUUAAAUGGCUCUCUCAAAAUCGCAUUUUGCACUACUUUUCCUUCUUUAUUUCUUUUAAAAUGUUUAAAUUCUAAGAUACUAGAACUUUAAAAAUAUGCAAAAAUGAUAUAGUAUAAGCCAGUAGAAUUUCACAAAAAAAUAACAUACAGUACAGUAGAGGAAAUAAAGGGAAUAUUAAAGUAGAAAAACUGUGAAAGUGGAUGGAGUUUUUCAUUUUUACAGUAGGAAAUGAGCAAUUACACUUACUGCUGCACAUCAAAUAAAAAGCCUGCCGUGCAGGAAAGAGGGAUAAAUUUGAUGUUUCUGCAGAUAUCACUUAUUAGAAAAAGUAUAUAUUUCCAAACACCGAACAGUGUCUGACAGUCAACAUACAGAGGUGCAGUCAUAUCUGUAGUUGAGCUUUGAGCUCCACCAGUGCUCAUUAACCCAAAACUUUGUUUUUAAUUACAAUACAUGAGCAAGCACAUAAAAUACUCACAAAAGGGUGAAUUAAUAUCGUCAUCGCUAAAUGCAUUUUACUUUUAUAGGCAAACAGCAACAAAAGUGAGCGUUAUAUUUUUACUCCUAGUGGAAAAAGGAUUUGUAAGACUACCACUACAUUCAGCUAUUUUAAACCAGUGACUAAAACCGUCAAUUUUGCCGUGGGACAGGAGGUCAUAGAAGAACCAGUCGUAUUAACAGACAGAAUUAGCAUGUUAAUGUGGGAAAAAGAAAAUUGUAGUAUGAAAGACUGGCAUGAAUGAUUUAUAUAAGACGACGCUGGUUCCCUGGGAGGUUUAUAAAGGGCAUCGUGGGAGUUUUUCGUUAUGUGGCCAAUGUUCUGAUCCAAAAACAACUCCCUGCUUGACAUGUAGUAUACACGACGUAGGUUACUAACUAAUGCCUUGUACACCCUGAAUAAUGCACUUUGUGCCAAAAAAGGAAUCUUUUUAGACCAAGUCCUAUGUUUCAGUUCCUGUUAACAAUGCUGAUCUUCUAUCCUGAAGAUGUGGUGUGGGCCCAACAAUACAUCAGUAAUAAUCUUACCCCCAAACCACGUCAAUCUCACCCUACAAAUAGCUUGUGAUCAGUCUGAAAGCUAAAAAACCUAGAUUUGAAAAAGGACUGAUGUCAAACAUAUUGGCCUUAAUAAUGUUGAAGUCCCUUUUUACCAGGACCGGUCACUACUCAAAUGUAGUUUCCUUUGGCCUGGCUUAAAAAAUGACCCUCCCUGACCCCCACGCACAUAAUUAACACUAGGGGCAUUUCAUCCCUCUGUUUGCACCCUUUAUAGCUCUGUCAUUUUCCAUUGGCCUAGUUUGGUUACCCCUUUCCCUCCCUCUUUUCAUUUUCUUUUCUUGCGUUCUUUAUAGCAAAGCACAGGCAUUCUUCUUGCCACGUUUCUUGGCUUGGAGCGCCGC